UUUGUCUCCACUCACCAGAAGCCACUUCAGAGCUUCUCUCACCCUCUCUCUUUCUCCUCCAAACUCAAUCAUCGCUUCUAGAGAGAGAAACGAGAGAGAAAGAGAGAGAUGAAGAUGGAAGGCACGCCGGCUGUCCAUGGAUAUUACAUGCCUGCAGAGUGGGAACCCCAUUCCCAGUGCUGGAUUGGAUGGCCUGAACGCCCGGAUAACUGGAGAGACAAUGCAGUGCCAGCAUCAGCAGGUGUUUACCAAGGUAGCAUCUGCAAUCUCAAAGUUUGAGCCCGUUACUGUAUGUGCAAGUGCCAAUCAGUGGGCAAAUGCUCGAAGUCAGCUACCAGAAACUGUCAGGGUUGUCGAGAUGAGUUUGAAUGAUUCGUGGUUUCGUGAUACAGGACCAACAUUUGUCGUAGGAAAAAGCGCCUCUUGUUCUGGUACCCCAGAGCCAAAGGUUGCUGGUAUUGAUUGGAAUUUCAACAGCUGGGGAGGCAUUGAUGAUGGUUGUUAUCGAGAUUGGAGUCAUGAUCUUCUUGUGGCGCAAAAGAUCCUGGCAAUUGAGAAGCUUCCAAGGUUUCAACACUCCAUGAUUCUCGAAGGCGGUAGCAUCCAUGUCGAUGGAGAAGGGACUUGCCUCACCACCGAGGAGUGCCUGUUAAAUAAAAAUAGGAACCCACAUUUGACCAAGGAGCAAAUAGAGGAUCAACUUAAGGCGUAUCUCGGAGUGACGAAAAUCAUUUGGUUGCCUCGUGGAUUAUACGGAGACGAUGAUACUAAUGGUCACAUCGACAAUAUGUGCUGUUUUGUAAAGCCUGGUGUGGUUUUGUUGUCGUGGACUGAUGAUGAAACGGAUCCUCAGUAUGAAAGAGCUGUAGAAGCCGUUUCUGUUCUCUCCAAUACUACUGAUGCCAAGGGUAGGAAAUUAGAAAUAAUAAAACUUCACGUACCAGGGCCGCUAUACAUGACAGAGAAGGAGGCUGCUGGGCUUUUUCAGGAGGAGUGCGAAGCUAAACCGAGACUUGCAGGCACGAGACUUGCUGCUUCAUAUGUAAAUUUCUACAUUGCAAAUGGAGCCAUCAUUGCACCCCAAUUUGGGGACCAGAAAUGGGAUGAUGAGGCUGUUCGCGUCCUAUCCAAAGCCUUUCCAAACCAUGAAGUGGUAAGAAUUGAAGGCGCAAGGGAGAUUGUUCUGGCGGGUGGAAAUAUACACUGCAUUACUCAGCAACAACCACGCGUUUCACUCAGUAUUAUGUCCACAAUGAUUGCUUUCAUACAUAGAAUGGCACUCACUCAAGCAGAGACCGCUAAUCUCCGAGUUGUUCUAACAUUACAGCGUAUGGCUUGCAAGCCUCCGAAGUACAAGGUAAUAAAGUGCCUAGGUCUAGACUCUAGAGACAAAGACGUUUUCAUAAUUCUUGUUGAUUGAGCUUUUGGUGUAUUAAUAUUGCUACGACGAAAUCUUGUUCAAUCGAGUUGCAUAACAUUUAUACUUUGCAUCAUCGGAAACAGCUGAGUGUCUUUGAUAUGACGAUUGCGUGCAAAUUAAACGUUUCAAUUUCUAGAA